AUGACGAGUUUCCUUCCAGUUGUAGACCUCAUGAAAAACCGGUUUUUAGAUCCAGGAACGUCCAGGAUAGUUCGAUCUUCUAUUUUACAAGCGCUGGCUGUAAUGUCUACUUACUCGCUGGUUGCCAGUUAUCUAUGCGAGCCCCGGGUGCUUCGCGCCCUGCUGCUUGAGAUUCGGCGUAACACGGCGGAGGUUCCAUUUAGCUGCGCAGCACCAGCAGUCUCCGAUGCAGACCGGGAGGUGGGGAUAGAUAUGCUCAUGAAUUUGGUGGAAUGCGCCACUGGAAACGACGCUAUCCUCUUCACAGAGACAACGCACACGCAGGAGGCAGUGGCUCUUGUGGAAAGUGCAGCAGCUCUGGCCGAACAUCUGUUCGGAUCGAGAUCUUAUUGUCACCUGAUGCGCUCACAGAAUGACUUGCUUUGCGUGGCUGUAUCGCUGUCCACGCACAAACACCUGCUACAAGUGUUUGCUUCAUCUGGACUUCUAAAACAAGUCUUGCGAAAAUGCUGCAAACCCAACAUUGACAAGCUAAACAGUAGAGAUACGAGCAGAUACCUCGAUGUCUUGGAGGAGGAGCGCAUAACAAGCCAGCCAACCGACAGGGAACCGAUAGCAAACUUGCGCCUCCAAGAUCAAACAGCAUCUCUAUUGUACCGUCGCGCUGACUGUGAAUCAACAGAAUUCAGAGCGCCUAUAUCUCACCCAUGUUGCUCUGCAGGAGGAAGGCCUGUCUCUUUUGCAUGUGAUGGCCAGCAGGCGGACGCGAAAUUCGCCGGGGUGGCGAAUCUGCGACGCUUUCCACGUCCAGGUGCCGCAACCUGUUGUCAGCUGGAAGCGGCGCCCAAGAAUUUGGGCAUGAUCCAAGAUCGUGGGAACAAGGUUUGUUCUUUUCGAACUGGAGGUGACAGCACCGCGGCUUCACACAGGACUACUUCAGGCCGGCGCUCAUUCUCUACCUCACUGGCAUCCUUCGAUGGCGUGGAUGCACGAAACGCCCCGCAAAGCUCUUUGAAUGGGGGUGACGAAGAAUGGGACGACAGUGGAGGAAGCAGACGCCGCUCGUUGAGUAAUGGCGGGAAGACAUCUAGACUCCAGGAGAAGAAUAGGGGGCGACUCAAAUGCUCCUCACUACAACAAGGUAUUUUUCCUGUGCAGGUGCACGGACAGUCGGAACCUGCGCAAGAGUCACAAGGUCGUUUAUGCCGUGAGGGAUACGAGGAAGUGGAGCAACUACAGCUAGGGUGGCUAGUAAUAAUAAAUUGUUUAUCAGAAAGGGACUGCCGAGAACAAAUCCGACACUCUACCUUCCUGCGUACCAUCAUGGACUUCCUCCAGGCGGCAGCUACACCAGGCGGCGUGGCCCAGCAUGACCUCAAUAUAUGGCAUCUCAAUGAGGCUCAGAAUCGAACUCUCUUCGUGCACGCCGUCACAUGCGUCAGCGUUGCGUUGGAGUACAUGGCAGCGGAAUUUGUCGAGCUCGAGGGUCUUUCUCUGUUGAUUCGCCUCAUUGCAGGGCGGUCUUUCCCCAUGCUGAUGAAGGCCUUUCUGAACAUGCUACUGUAUCUCUGUGUGGAGAGCGAUGUGUCAGAGAAGGUGUGCACGAUCCUGCUGCGACCGAGUGAGAGUCGCCAGGACGAACACGAAACCGUUGGCACACUUGUCGAUUGGAUACGAGAGUUUUCCUCCAAAGAAGCCACUUCCCGUCUUAUUGAACUAUCUGAAACGGAUGGCGCAUUCAGCCUCAACAGUCAACACUGUGCGGUUCUCCUCCUUGCCACUUUGGGAGCUACUGGCGCUGACGCUCGCGCGCAGCUUCGUGAGUGCCAAGGCCUCUGUUUGCUGGUCGACGAAUUCCACGCCACUUUUACAAUGAUUGACUGCAUCCAAGGUUCUACAUCCACCAGGUACCUUCUUUGCCUCGUGGAGUGCAUUUGGGUUACCGUCGUUGGAGACCCUGAGAACGAGGAAGUCUUUCUGCAUAACGGUGGUCUCGACGUCAUGUUGGAAGCUCUUCAGGUCGUUCCAAGAACUCUUCAGAGGCAUGUAUGUUCCAACGCGGAGCUUCCAGAAAGGCUGUCCAGAGUAAAGGCGGUAGACUUCUGA